AUGAGUGAAGUUCAUGGCCGACGUCUACUGCCCAGCACAAUCGAUAGCAUUGCCCAAAAUACCCCCGAUCAUGCAUGGGCUUCAGUGCAAUCGACAAGCAGUUCGGAAAUCCAAGAUGUGUCCAUCGCUGUGUUCGCGAAUGCAGUCAAUCGAAUCGCGCACUGGAUCGUGGAAAAGUUGGGAAGAGGUCCUCAAGAUGGAGAGCAGCCAGUCCUGGCUUAUAUUGGAGCCUCUGACCUUCGAUAUUACGUCCUGUGCAUGGCCAUUGCAAAAGCGGGUUACGUUCCACUGUUUAUAAGUCACAUGAACAGUGCCGCUGCCAACACUUCUCUAUUUGAAGCUGUCGAUUGUAGAGUGUUGUUAUGCGGUCUGACGAAUAUCGAUACCAUCAAUGUGGAUACGAAGAACGUCAAUGUUGUGCACAUCCCGGACGCGAGCCUCACUUGGGACCCUACGCCUGUUCCGGCUUUCCCAUUUACGACAACCUAUGAAGAGGCGGUGGAUAAGCCAAUGCUUAUCAUGCAUACGUCCGGCUCGACUGGCAUGCCAAAGCCAAUCACAAUCACACAUGGCUGGUUCACCGUUACGGACAGCAGCCAGGACAUUCCAGACUUCGAAGGCCACAAAAGUGAGCCUCGACUGCGCGCCCAAAGAUCUCGUCAUUUCUUAGGAUUUCCUCCCUUUCACCCUGCUGGCCUAUCCUCGSGACUGCGAGACUCCAUCUACUUUGGCAACACAAUCGUAUUUCCGCGUGCCGAUCGACCUAUCGAUGCUGCAUGUGUGAUCGAUGCGAUCAAUCACGGAAACAUCGAUGGCGCAGCCUUAUUGCCCCAUGUACUUGAAGAGAUGGCGAGAAAUGAAGAAGCAGUGGAAAAGAUCGGUAGACUGGGUUACAUCGAUUGGGUGGGAGGACCUAUCUCCCAAGCAGCCGGCGAUAUAAUCUCAUCCCGGACGACCCUGAACAACGCCUACGCAUCCACCGAAAUCGGCGCAUCAACUCAAUUACAGAAAGAAGACCGCACUCUCUGGAAUUGGUACUUCUUCCACCCAAAAGCCAAUGGAUUUGACUUCCGCCCGGUGCCAGGCGAAGAUGGACUUCAUGAACUAUUUGUCGUGAGACAACCUACCCUUGAGCAACCUGUUUUCCGCAUCUUCCCUGAGCUGAACGAAUGGCCAACGAAAGACCUCUUCGUCGCUCAUCCCACAUUGCCUCACCACUGGCGCCUUACUGGACGUAGUGACGACCUCAUUGUUUUCCAAAACGGGAGCAAGAUCCACCCAAGUGCCGUGCAGACGGCCAUGCAGAGUGUUCCUGGCGUGAAGCACAGUCUAAUGUUUGGUACAGCUCGACCACGGCCGGGUUUGUUGAUCGAGCCAAAGGAUCCUAGUCUGCUAGACAUGGAAAAUUCUGCUGCCAGGAAGAUGUUUCUGGAUGAUCUGUAUUCGCAUGUGCAACAAAACAACCAGCGUGUCCCGUCCAAUGGAGUGGUGAUUCGCUCUUUGAUCGCUCUCGUUACGAAAGAGAAACCUUUACCUAUGACGGGAAAGGGCACGUUGCAAAGAAAAGCAGCUCUUGACUUGUAUCAGGAGGAGAUUGAUGCGUUGUACGAAGCGCUCCCUCAGUCUGAAGCAACAAUGCCUGACUUCAGGAUUGGGUCAGGACCGUGA